AUGAGUGUUCGUUCCCUGUGUCCGUCAAUUGGCAGUCAUAUGAUUUUGCACAGCUUUAAGCCGCUGUCAGCUCAUCCCCCUCCUCAUCCACAGUUCAUCCCUCAGGAUGGUGGCGGCAUUGGUGGUCCUCAUCACCAAUCCGGGCCUGGUGUAUACGGGCAGUGCGAUGGAAACUUUGAUAAGGAAAAGGUGCCAUAUGAUGGACCAUCACCUUAUCAUCGAAGCAGCCGCUUUGAAACUGAUCCUUCCGCAAUGAGUGGGGAUCCCAUGAUGUACAAUCGGGCACAACCCAUGAUGAUCAAUCAGAAUCACCCACCUAGUGGACGUUAUGAAGAUUCUGGUGCUCCAAGAAUGAUGCCUCCACCUGUUAGUGGCCCAAAUCCCUCUUCCGGGCUCAGCUAUUCCCAGAUAUCGGGAUAUUACGGUCAGUUGUGGAAGCAGCUUAUGGAGACAUUGUGGACAAUCUUUUGCUACGAUGAUCUGACCCUAUUUUCAUAUUCGGAAAUUGAAUUUAACCUGAAGCCAUAA